AUGUCAGGAAGACUACUAAUCCUAAGGACCCUUGGAACCAAAUCGUCUCCUUUCUGGUCGACCCUUAUACCUUCCAGGACCUUUGGUACCUCAAAAAUCUUAAAUAACAAUUACCAGACGUUGAAAAAAGUCUUCGAUGAUGAGAAAUUUUUCAAUAAAUUUCAUAAGAAAGACGUAGUAGGAUUAUUCAAGAACGAAUGUUUAUCAAGUCCUGGAGCAUUAAUAGAUUUUUCAAAAGACAGUUUGGUUAUUUCCAAAAAGCUUGUUUCAGAUAUGCUUGAUAUUCACAAUGAAAACGACAAACUUACAUACAUUAAGAAAUUAGAUCAAUUGAGUGAUAUUUUGUGUAGAGUUAUAGAUGUAGCAGAGUUCAUUAGAAAUGGUCAUCCGGAACAAGCAUGGACGGAUGCAGCUCAACAAGUUCAUGAAAUAUGUUAUGAGUAUAUGAAUCAAUUAAAUACUAAUGUGGAGUUGUACACCACUUUAAAAGAUAUUCUCGAAGAUAAGACGAUCACUAGCAAGUUAACUGAAGAAGAGAUUAAAGUGGGUGAAUAUUUGAAAGAAGAUUUUGAAAAGUCGGGAAUUCAUAUGGACAAUGAAUCAAGAAAUCAAUUUGUAAAUUUAACUCAAGAAAUCAGUUUAAUCGGUGCUAAUUAUUCUAAUGGUAUUAAUUCAUUGGAUUCUUAUUGGUGUGCAGUUGAAAAGUAUGAGUUUGAAAAAAUCCAAAAUCUGGCUUUACAGAAUGAUAUACUCAGAUAUCAACUGAAAGUACCUCAAGAAAUGAAGAAAGCCAAUCCAAACUCCGUUUUCAUACCUUUAGCUGAUUAUAUUCCUUAUUCAAUUUUAAGUGAUUGUUCUUAUGAACCAAUCAGAAGAAAAGUUUGGAUUGCUUAUCACAAUUCUUCAAAAGAUCAAAUUCAAUUACUUAAUGCUUUCGUUAAGUAUAGAGCAGUUUUAGCAAAAAUGCUUGGUUUUGACUCAUAUGCUCAUCACCAAUUGCAAUAUAAGAUGGCCAAAACUCCUGAAAAUGUCAUGGCUUUUUUGACCAAGAUCCAAAACUCAUUAUUGGAUCCCAAGAACAAUGAAGAUGGUAAUGGAUUAAUCAAUGAGAUCAAAAGUCUUUAUAAAUACAAAGAUGAUGCUGAUUUUUCUUUAACCAAUGAAGAAAUCUUUAACGAGAUCAGACCCUGGGAUAGAGAUUAUCUCUUACACAAAUGGACUUCAGACCAACAUGAGAACUUACAAGAUAUAAGACCAUUUUUAUCAGUUGGAACUGUUGUUGCUGGAUUGAGUAAAUUAUUCACCAGUAUUUAUGGUAUAGAAUUAAUUGCUGAACCGGCAUCCAAGGGAGAAACCUGGGAUAAACAAGUGAGGAAACUUAAGGUUUUUGAUGUUGAUAAUAAUAAAAUCUUAGGAUACAUCUAUGUUGAUUUUUGGUCUCCUAAAGUUUACCCUUCUCAUUUCACAAUUGCCGGUUCUCGUAAGCUUAAUACUGAUAUCGGCACUGAGUCUUUAGAAUUGACUAAAUCUCAAGCUCAAUUAGAUGAAACUGAUACUUAUCAAUUACCGAUCAUCUCCUUGGUGUUCAACUUCCAAAAGAACACUUCAUUAUUUAAGACAGAACCUAGUUUAUUGACGUUAGAUCAAGUAGAAACGAUUUUCCAUGAAAUGGGACAUGCUAUGCAUUCAAUGGUUGGUAAAACUGACUUACAAAACUUGUCUGGUACCAGAGCAGUUACUGAUUUCGUUGAAUUACCAUCAGUUUUAAUGGAAUCAUUUGCCAAAGACCCUCGAGUUUUAUGUGAUAUUGCUGAACAUUAUUUGACUGGAGAGAAACUUACUCCUGAAUUAUUACAACAACAUCAAAAUCAUAGAGUUUUACUUUACAAGACCGAAAUCUUCAUGCAAUCUAAAAUGGCCUUAUUAGACCAAUAUUUACAUAAUAGUGAUACCGUGGAAGUGAUAGCCAAUAAUUUCGAUCAUUUCGACACCACCCCAAUUUAUCAUAGUUUGGAAAGCAAGUCCAAGAUCUUUACUGACAAUUGGUCUACUUGGCACGGUAAAUUCCUUCAUUUAUUCUCCUAUGGUUCAGUGUACUACAGUUAUUUAUUAGAUAGGGCAAUUGCCGAUAAAGUCUAUAAAGGGUUAUUCGAACAUGAUCCUUGGAAUAGACAAGCUGGGGAGAAGUAUAAACAAAGUAUAUUGAAAUGGGGAGGUACUAGAGAUCCGUGGAUCUGUUUGGCUGAUGCUUUAGAUAAUAAGGAUCUUGCUCCAGGGGAUUCCAAAUCCAUGGAAAUCAUCGGAUCUGAUUUCAGUUGA